AUGGCAUAUAAAACUUCAAGUAUCACUAGUUUUGUUGUCACACUGGUGCUGUUGGGCACUAUAUGUGAUGCACAAUUGUCUUCAACGUUCUAUGACAGUACAUGCCCCAAUGCACUUAGCACUAUUAGAACUGUGAUUCGUAGUGCGGUGUCUAAGGAGCGCCGCAUGGCUGCAUCUCUCAUUCGCCUUCAUUUUCAUGACUGCUUUGUUCAGGGCUGUGAUGCAUCGAUUUUGCUUGAUGAUAGCUCCUCAAUAGAGAGCGAAAAGAGUGCACUUCAGAAUGCAAACUCAGUCAGGGGAUAUAACAUCAUUGAUCAAGCAAAAGCUGAGGUGGAGAAGGUGUGCCCCGGAGUGGUGUCAUGUGCAGACAUUGUGGCAGUAGCAGCACGCGAUGCAUCUUUUGCUGUGGGUGGUCCAUCAUGGAGUGUGAAGCUUGGAAGAAGAGAUUCGACCACCGCAAGCAAAAGUUCAGCUACUAGCGACCUUCCACUAUUCACAGACGAUCUUGACAUUCUUAUCUCUAAAUUCAGCAACAAAGGGCUCACUGCCAGAGACAUGGUUACUCUAUCUGGUGCCCAUACAAUUGGACAAGCUCAAUGCUUCACAUUCCGUGGCAGAAUAUACAACAAUGCGAGUGACAUAGAUGCAGGAUUUGCUAGCACUCGUCAACGUGGUUGUCCAUCCCUUAGUAACAACGUUAAUGAUCAAAAGUUGGCAGCACUUGACUUGGUCACACCCAAUUCAUUUGACAACAAUUACUUCAAGAAUUUGAUUCAAAAGAAGGGUCUUCUUCAAUCAGAUCAGGUUCUAUUUAGCGGAGGAUCUACAGAUUCUAUUGUGUCCGAAUACAGCAAAAAUCCUACAACAUUUAAGUCUGAUUUCGCAGCUGCUAUGAUGAAGAUGGGAGAUGUUGAACCUUUAACUGGCUCAGCUGGAAUGAUAAGAAAGAUUUGCAGUUCUUUCAACUAA